CCGUCAAACCCGCUACGAGUAGCUCCCCAUACAUUUCGCCCCCAAUGCCCGAGACGUCCGCCCCCGCCGCCCACGAGGACGAGCCGACGCCGUCUCCGUCCACCGUGGGCAACACGUUUAUGCGUCAGUACUAUCACUUCCUGGCUAAGGAGCCGCAGAGUCUGCACCGCUUCUAUAAGGCUGAAAGUCGGUGGUGCCAUGGCGUUGGCUCGCACAUGGAGGAGCCUAUCGCGGGUCAACGUGCCAUCAACGACCAGAUCCUUAAGCGCGGCUAUGCUGGAGCUCGCGUGGACUUGGAUGCGGGCUCCAUCGACUGCCAGAACUCUCUUGGCGGCGGUGUGCUCGUGUUGGUCACAGGCGUCAUGACGUUGCGUGACGACCCCGUACCCAAGCCUUUCGUGCAGACUUUCUUCUUGGCUGUGCAGCCUAAGGGCUACUUUGUGCUGAAUGAUUGUCUGCGCUUCCUUGAACUUCCCGGUGCGUCGCCUGUCGACGAGGUUAAGGACAAGGAGAACGGCAAGGCCGAGACGCCCAAGUCGCCUGUUAAGGUGGAGACACCUGUGCCUCUUUCUCCUAAGAAAGCAGCGUCGCCUGUUCAGACCAUAAAGACUACGACCACCAAGGAAGUGAAGGAAGCUGCUCCUGCGUCGCCUGUUAAAGCCACGGCUACAGUUGCCUCGUCACCUGUCAAGAAGAUAACGACUACUACGACUACUACGACGAAGGAGGUUGAGACGCCUGCUGUUAAGACACCGUCGCCGGUUAAAUCUCCAGUUAAAUCGCCGGAAAAGUCGCCUAAGAAGCAGGAUAAGGCGCCGACUCCUGCGUCGCCCGCUCCCGCUCCGGCGGAUCCCGUUGUGACGUCUCCAGCUGAGCCGGAGAAGCCCAAGACGUGGGCUGCCUUGUUCUCGGGCUCCAAGCCAGCCAGUGUCACACCGUCUGCGCCUGUUUCGACUCCUGUGAAGCCGUCGACGCCCAAGGCUGCUCCUGCCCCCGCUCCUGCGUCGAUUACUCCGACUACGAAUGCUCCCGCGCCCGAGAAGUCGCCUAAGAACAAGACUGGAAACGGCAAGGAGAAGGAACACAAGCGUCUGCACAGUCUGUUCAUCCGGGACGUGCCGGCACAGACCAGUGAGAACGACCUACGCGAGCUGUUCAAGAGCUACGGCUCCAUCGCUGGGGUGAGUGUCGUGGCUCAACGUGGCUUCGCGUUCGUGGACUACUACGAGCAGGAGAGCAUGCGUGCGGCUCUGGCGGAGACGAAGGAGCUCAAGGUGUUCGACAAGGUGCUCCAGGUGGACGAACGUGCCGAACGCAAGGAUGGACAGCGCGGCAGCUUCCGCAGCAACGACACGCGUGGCCGUGGACGUGGCCAUGGACCCAAGAGCGGUCGUGGUGACCGAAAGGAACGUAACGGCGACGAAGCUCCUUCCAAGGGUGAGCGACGUGAAGCUCCGCGUCGCGAGAAGACGGGCAACCGCCGUGGUGGCAAGGUGGACGCCACGUCGUAAAGCGGUAUAAUAUGUGCAGCAGCCAACUUGCAAGACACCAAGCGGUGAAGCUCAGAAGCUCAGCUUUCAGAUUGUGAAAAGGGUACAGUCACAAUCGGUGGCUGGCAAGCAACGCACUAGGUAGGCAGACAAACACAAGAACACAAAAUGAGCAGAGAGGGAAGGGACACAGGAGGUGAAGCAAUCUCCUCUCGGCUCGAUAGGGUAGAACAGCAAACAGAGGGGGCUUGGGAACCAGAAAUGACACAGAACCAAUUCCUGCUGUGAACUUUGGCACCGGAAACACCACGACCACAAUUUCAUUUCGUCCGUCACGUGGUGACCCCAUAAACAUGUUGUUACUAUGCCUGUCAAACACUCGUCCCUGGUUGCUAUUGGGUGCUACUUCUUACAGUACAGUGAGCAGCGUUACUGCACCACCUGCGCUUCCUUCAGCACGCGAGCUGCCUUCUUGGUGUCUCCUUUCUUCAACAGCACGUAGACUAACAGCUCCAGAGAUUCACGGCAGUUGGGGUUCUCCCUCACAGCUCGA